UAUUACGACAUAUGAUCAGAGACGGAAGAGGAAGCGAGACAUCCCACUCCCUCAUUUUUUCUGGUUCAUAUACAUUAGACCAGAUCACAGUUUAUAUCGCAUAGCCACCCCGGAACCAUGUUUUCAAGGAUAAUCGCUUCAUUUAUAUUUAUAUUAUUAUUAUAUAUUUGGUAUGAUGACUCUUUUGAUAUACUGAGGGGCGACGACCGUCGACCGCCAUCUUAGUUCAGGGCAAUAUCAUGCCGAAAAGUUGUUCUGCAUAUAACUGUACCAAUAGGUACAGCAAACAUACACAUAUUACUUUUCACAGAUUUCCUUUCAGCAAACCAACUGUAUUUAGACAAUGGCUGGAUAACAUAUGCCGAGAUGACUAUUAUCCCAAAAAACAUAUGGUCAUCUGCUCACUUCAUUUUACUACAGAUUGUUUCAGCGGUUUAGGCAACCGCAAAAACCUGCCGUGGAAUACUGUACCCACUCUCUUUACAUUCCCACCACAAAAUUCUAAGAAAAGAAUGUCAGGAAAAAGGCUCAAAAUGCUUCCAAAGUGUGUCAGUGUGUCCCAAGAAAAGAUGGAAACACAGAAUGGCCUGGACCCAGAAGAGAAACUACUAUCCAAAUCUGCAGAGGGCAACAAGAAAGUGAGCUUUUACCUAGCUGAGAAUUCUCAACUACGCACGAUACAAUAGGGUUGAGUGGCAAAGAGAUUCCAAUUCCCACUCACAACUCUGUCAGGACAAGCACAAGUACACAGUAAGCGUUAAAUAAUUGAUAUUUAAGUAACAAGUAGGGAUGAGCAUUGUUAUUUGAAUAUCCAAACGGAUGAUUGUAUUCAAUUACUUGGAAGAUUAUUCAUUUGAGAGAAAAAAAUAUAGCCUAGGCCUAUUUUAACAAUGAAAAGACUGUCUAAAAUGAGAGAAAAUGAUCUAUGUGACAUUGCUACAUAGCCUACAAGGAUAGAUCAUUACAUAGCCUACACAUGUUUCACAUGUGAAGCUUGUUGUUAUUGUCUGUCAAAGUGAUUCUACAGUCAGAGACUCCAUGUGUGAAGUGAGAGAUUACACAUAUUUUUUAAUAUGACAAAUUACGGGUAGUCUACUUUGCUGACACUGACAAACAUAUCUAUAAAAGCAAUGUUGUCCAUAUAAUAGGCCUACAAGAAAGGGAGACACCAACCAGGUCGUAUUAUUCUGUACUUAAAUCAGAGACACUCAAUUUAGUAUGAUACGUUACGUUUCGUAUGGUAUUAAUUCAUUUGUGGAUGUCCAUCACCCAUUUCAUAUGUUAGGAAUUACAAUUCGUAUUAUAUGUUAAGAAUUGGCCGAUGCUCUCCACUGGUGCCAAUAAGAUAUGCUAUACUGUUGUUCGUCCAAUUAAGUUGAGGAUUUUGAUAACUAAAAUACAUUAGUAUUUUCAUUGCCUUCUCUUUACAGCAAUACCAUUUGUUUUCCAAACUAUGUUUUCCCGCAAUUGUAUUUUGAAAUAUUGCGAUAUGCCUGGCUGGGCUUCUACUUUUCAGUGACAGUCGCAACUCAACAAUAAUCUGCCCAUUAUUGUGCACGCUGCCUUUCCUUCGGACUGUAGGCGAUUUAGAACAAUCCACUUUUUUAUUUUAAAGAAGCUAAUGAUCCUCUGUGGCCAAAUCAUGCUUUAGUAGCCUAAUUUCAAUGAUUGUAUUUAUGUAUAGACAGGAUUAGGGUAUUUAAUUUUGGCAAUUUUAAUUCAAUUUACUUUAUUAUAGGCAUGUGUCUUCUCUAAAUAAACAAAUGAAAUAGGGCCUAGGCUAAAAUACAGCACAGUAAAGCAUAACAUUUAUCCGUUUGUGUUACAUAAUCAUCACGGUUAAAACCAGAGAGAAAUGUCUAUCCGGUAAAGUCCACAAAACAUGCUGUAUAUAACAAACCGUUGUAUGUCCUAGGCUGCACAGAAUGGUCCCACUAUUGAUUCAGGAGGACCGUGGACAGUUACCACCCGCACAACCUUCGCAAAGAAAACAAUAGUGCGGCCUCUGCCAGCUGUCUGGACCAUCUCCAGUGGACGAGCAUUAGGUCUUAUGCAGUACAUUCAUUUAAUACAAAGUUUAAUCAUGGUUUACCUUAAAAUUAUUUCUUCCUCAUUUUCCAAGCAGCAAAAUCUGCAACUAUGUCCUUGAAAUCAAGUGCCCUGAGUACAUAAUUCUCAAGAGCCAUAAGAUUCAAAGGGUUCAAUCUUUCCUGCCUCAUCAUUGAUCUCAGUCUGUUUUUGACAAGAGCCAGCUUUGAAAAGGAACGCUACCCUGAUGCAUUGGUAACAGGUAAACUCAAUAAUAUUUUCUAGGCAAUGUCAACAUUGGGAAAGACUGCUUGUAGAUUCCUCUCACCAUGUGAAUCGAUACCCUUGCCCUGGCAGAUGUUUUUCUCACUUUUUAUGAACAUGCUGUCGUACACGUCGAUCCAGAGCAUCCCAAACAUGCUUAAUGAAUGACAUGUCUGGUGAGUAUGCAGGGCAUGUAAGAGCUGUGACAUUUUCAGCUUGCAGGAAUUGUGUACAGAUCUUGGUGACAUGAGGCAGUGCAUUAUCAUGGUGAAACAUGAGGUGAUGGCGGCGGCACGACAACGGGCCUCGGGAUCUCGUCAUGGUAUCUGCAUUCAAAUUGCCAUCGAUAAAAUGCAGUUGUGUUUGUUGUCCAUAGCUUAUUCCUGCCCAUACCAUAACCCCACCAUGGGGCUCUCUGUUGACAACGUUGACAUCCGCAAACCGCUCGCCCACACCACGCCAUACACGCUGUCUGCCAUCUGCUCAGUACAGUUGAAGCCAGGAUUCAUCCAUGAAGAGCAGGCUUCUCCAGCGUGCCAGUGGCCAUCAAAGGUGAGCAUUUGUCCACGGAAGUUGGUUACUAUGCCAAACUGCAAUCAGGUCAAGUCAUUCACGGGGACGACGAGCACGCAGAUGAGCUUCCCUGAGAAGGUUUCUGACAGUUUGUGCAGACAUUAUUUGGUUGUGCUUGUCCAAAUCCAGUUUCAUCAGCUGUCCAGGUGUCUCUUCUCAGCUGAUCCCGCAGGUGAAGAAGCCAGUUGUGGAGGUCCUGUGCUUGUAUGGUUGCACGUGGGCUGCAGUUGUGAGGCCGGUUAGAUAUACAGUGCAUUCGGGAACUAUUCAGACCCCUUGACUUUUUCCACAUUUUAUUACGUUAUUGCCUUAUUCUAAAAU